AUUUAUAUUUUUGACAGAGCUCGCGGAAAUAGAGCCUAUGAACUUCACAUGCAGUCUGGAAAGGUGUUGGUGUACUGUCACAUGACAAGCCAUGGACUUAGCGCAUGUGGAGGUGGGGGAUGGACGCUGGUGAUGAAAACUGAUGGCCAUAAGGUAUUGUUACAAUCUGCUUUAUCAAAAUUAAGGAAAAAACAUGAACAUACUCCGCCAUAGUUAACAGCGUCGUGAGACUAACAUCCAGGUUUAGUUAUUAAUCACAGUUUUAAAAAUCUAUGAAAAAAUUGCUCCUAUAGACUUUUUCAAUAGAGAAUUACACGUUUACAAAUUUCUUAUUUGAUCUCUUAAUCUGUUUUAUAUUUAUUUCCAUCGCAGCCAACUUUUCACUUCAAUUCCAAACUUUGGAGCAACAAGGACAGUUUCAACCUCACAGGAGGAAAGACUGGGAUCGACGCAAAUGAGACUAAGCUUCCAACCUACUGGAACACACCCUUCUCAAAGAUCUGCCUGGGGAUGAGAAUCGGACACCAGGAAAAGUUCGUUGUACUCUCCAAGCAAGCCAGUUCCCUCCAUUCACUGAUUUCUGAUGGUCUUUACCGCCCUACCUCACUGGGUCGCAACAAGUGGAAGUCGCUAAUUGGUUCCGAAGCUUCCCUACAGCCUAACUGUAACCAGGAGGGAUUCAACACCAAAUGGAGCCUCAGCGAUCCCGCACAAGCCCUCAGAGCAGCGAGAAUUGGUAUCCUUGGUAACGAACAAAACGACUGCAUUAGCUGUGACUCCAGAAUCGGGUUUGGUACUGGAGGAGACCCCGAUGACACCAACACGUGUGGAAACGAAGCUUUUGCCAAGACAGGGGCAGAUAAUGGAGGCAAGCACAUCAAAGCAAUGGGAUACAUCUUUGUUCAGUAA